AAAUAAUAUUACUGACCGACCUGUUCUGUACCUGACAGUGGAACCAGCCCCACCCAUGCUGACCUGGAUACAGACAGAGAAGACCUUAAUCAUCAAUGCCACCAAUGAGUUACCCUCAUGUGUAGUCUUCAUGAACCUGAAAUACGAGGUGGAAUUCUGGAAAGAAGGGAGCCCAAACAAGAUUGAGACAGAGGCCAUGUUCCAUGAGACGGCAGUGAUCAAUCUCCCCCCAGCUUCUACUGGACGCUACUGCCUGAGGGCCAGGACAAGCUAUUCCCUAACCGCCCCCAAGUACAGCGAGUUCACCAAACCAGUCUGCUUCCUGCUGGAGACCUCAGGAACCCAGGAUGGGAUCCUGGCCUUAGUGCUGCCAGUCUUCCUGCCCAUUAUCAUUCUCAUAUUCUGUGUGUGCUUUCUGAAGAACGUCUAUUUCCAGAAGGCAAAGAUGCCACAGAACCUGGACUUUUCUGGGCACAGAUGGCCAGUGAAAACCUUGGAACUAACCAGACAAGAGUCUUUCAGGGAUUUGUCCAUCUGCCCCAGGACUAGUUUGGAGCAGAAAAGAAGACCAGGCCGAGGAUCCAGAGGCCCAAGCGUCACACCACCAUCAGAGAUGAAGGACCACGAGACCGAGGAAGAAAGCAACUGGGGAGAGUCUGAGGAUUCCGAUGAUAGUGGAACCUUUGACGCUUAUCUGGAAAUACCUCCCAUCAAAAGCCUGAUGAUUCGAAUGGCAAAAACAAAGAGAGAGGCACAGAGUUUGGAGUCUCUGGGGUCCCUGAUGCGCCAUCCAGGGGGAGAUUUCUCCCCAGCUGCAGACCCUUCAGACAGUAAAAAUAUGUCUGAUUCUUUCUGGAAAGACUCAGAUGUCAUUAAUUAUUUCAUUAAGGAUCGCAUCUUCGAGGACGGCCUGGCUCGGCCACCACCCGUGUUCAUGAGGGAGUCAGAGGUUGAGGAAGAGUCUUCUGAAGGUGAUUUGUCUUCCAGGGACUCCCCAGUGCCCUUGGGCCCCGCUUCCUCUGGGCUGGUGUUCAUCCCCGAGGAACCCCUGGUUUCUCUGAAGACAUUGAUCAUUAACAUGGACAGAGGGGCUCAGGCCAGGUCUGAGGAGGAGGAGGAAGAGGAAGAGGAGGAAGAAGAGAAUUGGCUUUUGAAGGAGGAGACAAAUGAUGGCAGUGAGGUAGAGGACCCUUGGAGUGAGUACCCCAAGAGGCCUAAGGUGUCAGAUUACCAGCACUAUAGGCUUCACUGA